AGACCCCUUCCUAGCAACGGGAAAGCAGCGUAUGUUUUGUUAGCAACAGCAGUCCUCGCGAGUGGUUUGCUAUGGCAGACGAAGAAAAAGAAGUUUUGCGCAGUAAAAGGGUUUUUAUUAACCAUAUCGAUUUGUACACAUCCAGAAACAUUGGAAAGUAUCUGUCAAAUUGUGUUGUUGGAGCAUCACUAGAAGCAGCCGGUGGUGAGGAAGAGAAUGAAGAACAAGAUAAUACAUCUCAAGACACAAAAAGCAUUCAACCUAAGGGAAUAACCUUCCAGAUUGUCGGGACCCUAUCCAAACCAGAAGAGAAGAAAACUGCUUUUGCCUUAGAAGAAUACUCGAUAUCAAAACGAGAAGAGCUCCUGGAUCGUCUUAUGGAGUGUGAUGUUAUCAUUUACAACAUUACCGAGGAUUUUCAGCAGAUUGAUGAAGCUUGUUGGGCAAUCUCAGCACUACAUUCCGAACUGGAACAUUUCAACAGUCCAAAGAUGUUCAUUUUAAUAUCAACUGUAAUGACAUGGAGUCUUAGCAAACCCAUUGACCCCGAUGAUCCUGAAAUCCCCUUUACUGAAGAUGACUACAGGAGAAGACGACCUCAUCCUAACUUCAAAGAUCACAUUAGUGCUGAGAAACUAGUGAUUAAAAUGGGAAAAACAAGCAAGAGCAAACUUUCAACCUAUGUUCUUGCGGCAGGCCUUCAAUAUGGAGCAGGUGAACAGAUUUUUCACUUCUUUUUCAAGACAGCAUGGUAUGGAGAGGUUCCUGCACUCCCUGUCUUUGGACCAGGAAACAACUUUAUUCCUACUAUUCAUGUUAAUGAUUUGGCAGGAGUGUUACAAAAUAUAAUAGACCACAAGCCAAAAACUCACUACCUGGUUGCUGUCGAUGAUUCUAAACAUACAAUUGAAGACAUAAUUAAGGCUAUUAGUAUUUCACUUGGGCCUGGCAAAGUACAACAAGUGCCUAAAGAAGAUGCCUUCCUCAGCAAAAACUUAACACAAGCUGAUAUUGAUUCACUUUUGGUGAACAUAUGCAUGGAAGCUGUUUUUGUGAAAGAACAUUUCAAUAUCAACUGGGUGGCAGAGGGUGGGAUGAUAGGAAAUAUAGAACAUGUCGUUAAGGAAUACAAGCAAAGCAGAGGACUUCUGCCAAUACAAAUGUGCAUUCUGGGACCUCCUGCAGUUGGUAAAAGCACAGUUGCAGAAAAGAUCUGUAAACACUACAAGCUGCACCACAUUAAAAUCAAAGAUGUCAUUACUGAGGUUUUAGCCAAUCUUGAGAAACAGACUCGCUUACCAGAAACAAGUGAGGAAGAAGGUGAUAAUGAUGGUGUGGCAGAUGCUCAGGAAUUACUUGAUGUAGUCAAGGAAAACAUGGAACAGAAUGCAGGUCGUUUAGAUGAUCAAUAUGUCAUCCGGUUCAUGAGAGAGAAGCUGAAGUCAAAACCGUGUCAGAACCAGGGAUAUGUUCUUGAUGGAUUCCCCAAGAGCUAUGAACAGGCCAAGGAGCUGUUUUGCAGUGAAGAUGAUGAAGAAGGAAAGGAAACCAGAGGCAAAGCACAUAACUUUGAUAAAACAAUUAUUCCAGAGUAUGUUUUUGCUCUGGAUGCCUCUGAUGAGUUCUUAAAGACUCGGGUGAUGAAUCUGCCCGAGAGUGUUGUAGAUGGGACUCAUUACGCUCAGGACCAGUUCCUGCGUCGCUUGGCACUCUUCAGAGAAUAUAACGUGGAAGACGAGACUGUGCUCAACUAUUUUGAUGAGCUGGAGAUUCAUCCUGAACACAUUGAUAUUUCCAUGAAUGGGGAUUUUGAAGAUACAACUGUGACUGAAAAAAUAAUAAAAGCAGUUGGAAAACCCCGGAACUACGGGCUCUCUCCAGAAGAGCUGGAGGAGCUUGAGUGCAAAUUAGCUGAUGAACGAUUUCAGCGUGAAGAGGCUAAACUGGCUGAGAGAGAGCAAAAAGAAGCAGAAGAGGCAGCUGAAAGGGUUGCACGCUGGGAGGAGUGGAACAAACGUCUAGAAGAAGUGAAAAGACAGGAACAUGAGUUACUUGAAGCUCAGUCUGUUCCCUUAAGGAAUUACCUGAUGAAGAAUGUCAUGCCAACACUCACCCAGGGGCUGAUUGAAUGCUGUAAGGCCAGGCCAGCUGAUCCAGUGGACUUUGUGGCAGAAUAUUUAUUCAAGAACAAUCCUCAAGUGGAGUGAACACUUAAUUGAUCAGUUACUGCAAUAGUCAGAUGAAUUAUAAAUAAAUACAAUGCUAUGACUGAUUAAUGUGUGUAUAAUUAUACUGGAUAUGCCUGUGUUUUGUUAGUUUAGUUUUAAUCUGUAUUAAAUAAUAGUACGUUUUGCUCUAAUAUUCUAUGUACCACCGCCCUCUUGUGUUACAAAGUGCUAUUGCACCUUAACUACUGCGUCUCAUCUGGCUCAUAUACUGCAGUAAGAUGAAGAUGGCCAGUGCCAGUAGAAUUAAAAUUGUUGCUUACAGAAACUGUAAAUCAUUUGUUGCAAUAAAAAUGCCUGAAAUGGGAAAAUGUUGAA